AUGAUUCGCUCACACAAGGCUAGAACGAGGAACCUGGGAAGAGUGCUGUCCGAACCAGUCGGUAGUCAACACACCUUUGUCACAAAGACUGCACCGAACACUGGACCAGGAAAGGCGGAGGUCGAGGCUAUGGACGCUGAUUUGGAGCCAGUAGAUAAUGGUGAGAACGAUGAAGAUAAUGAUGAUGAAGAUAAGCUCCAGAACCGCACUCGCAACAGGAAAGACAUGAGCGAAAGAUUGCGUAUGAUCGGGCUCGCGGGGCCGGAGGCUAGUCCGACACGGUGA